UGCAAAUAUAUGUCUAUACUUUGAUUCUUUCAUCGCUUUAUUUAUACAUAGCCAUUGCAGAGAUGCCCUAAUUAUUAGUCUCUUAGACCCAUUUGAAAUCAAAUACGAAUCUGAAAAAUUGAAGAAAACAAUGGGUCGUGGGUUCCAAGUUCGAGCAGCUUCAAUUACCAUAGUUGCUCAUUUGUUGUUCAUAGCAAUAACAACCCUUUUAUUAGUUUGGUUGCUACACUUCCGAGAAGGUGUUGCCUUCUUCAGCUCUUCCAACCCAACCAAGAUUUUCAAUCUCCAUCCACUUCUAAUGGUCAUUGGAUUCAUUUUAGUUGGUGGAGAAGCUAUCAUGAUAUACAAGUCUGCGGCUAAAAAAAGCAGGUCAGUGAAAGUGGUUCACCUUCUAUUGCAUCUGGUAGCUAUGGUGGCUGGAGUUUUAGGGAUCACUGCAGUUUUCAAAUCAAAGAAAGAAGUUGGUCUUCCUGAUAUGUAUACAUUACACUCUUGGCUAGGCAUGUCAGCAAUAUGCCUAUUUGGUUUACAGUAUAUCAUAGGUUUCUUCUCUUAUUUCUUCCCUGGUGCAGAAAUGUCUACUAGAGCUUCCCUUCUGCCAUGGCACAGGUUUAUGGGCAUGGCCAUAUUCCUUCUUGCAGUUGGCACAGCCGAGACUGGUUUGCUUCAAUAUUUCCAGUUUUUACACCUUUUUCGCAGCCAAGAGGCUCUCAUAGUCAAUUUCACUGCUCUCUUACUCUUCCUUUAUGCUUUCUUUGUUGCUCUCUCUGUCACUCUCCCAACAAAUUAUUCCUAAGCUACUUCCUUGCACCAAUAAAUCCACAUUGUAAAUCCAAAUACUUAAGCAAACUCCACAAUUCAAUAUUCCAUUUCACACUUCCAUCCCUUAUGGUAUUAGUAGACAAAAUCCAAAGUGAUGUACCAAAAACAUUUUAGAAGGAAGAAUUUAAGGGUUUACUUUUGUAGUA